AUGUCAGAAAAUACACUCGAGUAUCAUGGGAAUACAUCGACAGAAAAUAAUGCCAGUGAGCCCUUUCAAAUUUCGGAAUAUGUGCAAGUGCUGAUAAUUGUAUUGUAUACAUUUGUGAUAUUAAUAGCGAUAUGUGGUAAUGGGACAGUGUGUUAUCUGGUCUACAAGUAUAAGCGAAUGCACACGGUGCCGAACUAUUUUAUUGUGAAUCUAGCAAUAAGUGAUAUAAUAAUGGCCUUAUUUUGUAUACCGUUUACUUUCGUUGCAAAUCUCGUUCUGAAUUAUUGGCCAUUUGGAGAGGUACUAUGUCCUGCAGUCUUAUAUAUCCAAACGGUUGCUGUGUUCCUAAGUGCUUAUACUUUAGUGGCUAUGAGCAUCGACAGAUACAUUGUUAUUGUGCACCCGUUUAAACCACGGAUAUCAAUCAAACAAACAGUGUUAACAAUAUUUGCAAUUUGGGUAGUAUCAUUCGCCAUUCCGUUGCCGACGUAUUACAAGUCGAGUGUAAUAUAUCAUUCAAAUACAAGUGGACAAUGUCGUGAAGACUGGGGAAAUAAUACGCACCAAUACACAUACGGACUGCUAUUAAUGGUUUUGCAUUACUUCGCUCCUCUCAUACUUCUUUUAUUUUGUUAUUCGAGGAUCGGAUACACGAUAUGGGUUAAAAAUAUAGACGGUACUGACACAAACAAAAGAAAACUUCAAUUAGCGACAGCAAAGAAAAAGAUGAUCAAAAUGAUGGUGACCGUGGUACUGUUCUAUGCGUUAUGCUGGCUUCCACUCCACACAAUCACGUUGCUGGGUGAUCACAACCCAUCGAUCUACAACAACAAUUACAUACCGAUUAUCUGGAUAUGCUGUCACUGGCUCUCUAUGUCGAACAGCUGCUACAACCCUUUGAUAUACCUAUGGAUGAGCCCAAAGUUCAGGACUGGACUGAAGCUUGCCAUGGAAAGCUGCUACAGUAAGAAAAAAAGCCGUUGUUCAUCGGAAGAUCAGAUGUUUCAGAAGAUUCACGCGGUGUUCCCGCGACUGCGGAUAGAGCUACAAAUGGAAGAGAGUGUGAUCAACAACAAUAGGCCACCACGAGGGAGGAUAAUGUUUGAGGAUCUGAUGUCCGGAGAUGAUAUCAUUCCCAGAAGUAUUCAUAGUGACACUUAGACUGAAAUGUAAACUGCAAUUGUUAAGUUCAUAUAUUUCCCUCUCCGCGCUACCCACACAAAAUAAUUAAAUGCAUAUGUUAACCAACGUUAGUUACAUUAUAUGAACGACAUACUAGUCGACUGUAAAUUAAUACGUUUUCUUAAUGAAGUAAUUGGAUUUAAAGUAAUACACUUGAUCACUCAGCUAGACUUAUACGCUUCGUAUUGUUCGUUUGCUAUUGUCAUACACUGGCCCCCGAAACACUUAAAAUAUGUUUAUCGUUGUGCUCCAAACAACUUAUAUUUAAUACAGUUGAGCUCAUAUUUAAUUAAAUGAAAUGAUUUCUUAACUAAUGUUAAAAACAAUUAUUUCCUUAUUAAUAAUCAUACACAGUGUUUUAGAACAUGUACUAAAAGUAUGAAUUAUAUCACAUUCCAAUCCAUGCAGCUCUUU